AUGAGAAAAUAAGCAGAAUAUGAACUAUAUAAACGUCUUAAGUUAUUAGGCGAAGGAUCGUUUGGGAAGGCGUAUUUGGUGGAGUGUCUGUAGGACAAGUAGAUAUUGCUUUUUAAUUCUUAGGUCUCUGUGGGUCACCAAAUACAUGGAUUUAGCUGCAAUGACUCCUUAGGAGAAGGACGAAACCUUGAGAGAAUCUAAAAUCCUUGAAUUUCUAUCCCAUCCUAAUAUUGUGAAGUUUAGAGAAGUUUAUAAAACAAAAAAAGCGAGAUUGUGUAUCGUUAUGGAGUAUGCUGAUGGUAAAUAUAAUAUAAAUUCCUAGGUGGUGAUUUGGCAUAAAAAAUCAAGGAGGCCAAAGGCAAAUACUUUUCUGAAGCUCAAAUUUUAGAUUGGUUUACCCAAUUAUGUUUGGCUAUUAAACAUGUUCACGAUAGGAAGAUUAUUCAUAGAGAUUUAAAAGGACAAAACAUUUUCCUGACCAAAGAAGGCCAAAUUAAAUUAGGAGAUUUUGGAAUAGCUAAGAUUUUGAAAAAAACAUUCGAGAAAGCUAAGACAAUGGUUGGGACACCUUAUUAUAUAAGUCCUGAAAUAAUAGAAGGCAAGCCUUAUACAUUUAUGACUGAUAUAUGGUCAUUGGGAGUCAUACUAUAUGAACUGUGUGCUUUGUAACCGCCUUUCAAUGCCGAAUCACUACAUUUUCUAGCUUUAAACAUCGUUAAAGGACAAUACAAACCUAUUCCUUCUCAUUAUUCUAAAGAAUUGAAGUAGCUUAUCUAAUCAUUAUUGCAACUUGAUUAUCGAAGAAGACCUACAAUCUAAGAAAUUUUAAGUACUGAUUAAUUUCCUAUUCAUAGAAAUGCCAGUCAUUACAAAUAGAAUUAAAAGCUUUUUAAGUGAGACCAUUUAGAAAUAAGAAUUUUCACACACUAUUUUCCACAAUAAAGUGUUUGAAGUCAAAGGAAAUUUAAGUUAAGUGAAUUUUAUAUUGAAUGAAUAACCAUGUCCACCUUAAUACUUGGAACAAAAUGCCAAGAACUUGUAAGAGUUUCCCAACAUAGCUAAAAAACCUUCCGUUUAAGAAUUCGAUGCUGUUCGACCUCCAUAACUGUCAAAAUAAUAAUAACCACCCUCGUCUAGGUAACCUGAUCCUUAAAAAGAUGCACCUAAAAUAAUAUAAUAAGAAUAAUAAUAAAAACCAUAGGAAAUACCAAAAUAAAUUGAUGUUCCAAGAAAAAUCGAUCCCAUCACAAAGAAUUCGCCUUUGAUAUAAAAAAAGGAUGCUUAAAAAGCAACUCCGCCAUAGAAGGAAAUCAGAAAGCAAUCUCCAUAAUAAAAAUAUAAUUCAAGACCCAAUAGUGAUUAAGAAAAAUAAUAAAGAAGCGAGCCAUGCAAAUUUGAUGCCUAGGAGUAAAAGAAGCACUCAAAUAGCAAUGAACAACCAAAACAUUAAUAAAAAAUUGAAUAGCCAAGGUUAGAUUAUUUUCUAUUCAUUUAGACCUCCAACUGCUCCUAAAGAAAAGCCAAAACAUCAAGCAGUCCAAUAAAGGCCUUAAAGUUCAAAGCCACAAAUUUAAGAGUAAAAAGUGGUUUAGAAAGUGAGCAUUGAAAAGAAGAGGCCCAUAAGUGUGGACAAAUCUCCAACUGCCCAACAAUAAUAAUAAAAGCAAUAGCAAUUAGAAUAGUAACGCCAAGAAGAAAGGAUUCGUUUGUUAAAAUUAAAAUAACAAUAGGAGUAAUAAGAGAAAGAAAAGAAAGAAAAGAAAGAGAAGGAACAAUAAAUUUAAUAAGAAUAAUUGCUCGAGAAAUAAAGGCAAUAUGAAAAAUAAUAAUAGUUGGAAAAGUAAUAAAAAGAAAAAUAAUAAUAAUUGGAAAAAUAAUAACAAUUAGAGAAAUAGAAGGAAUAAGAUAGAAUAAAGUAAGAAGAAAAACAGAAAAAUGCUCAAAAUUAAUAAAACCAAAAAAUUGAUGUUAAUAAGUAAGAUUAAUAAAAAUAAAAUUUGGAAAGAUAACCAUCAUAAAAAUCAUCUCAAUUAGAUAGCAAAUAAAAUGAAUCAAAGUCACAGUUGAAAUUAAAAGCUGACUAACUACAAAAGAUUGAAAAGAAUGGCAAAGACUUUGCUCUUAUGCUUAAAGAACUAGAAGGAUUGGUAUAAAUUAAAUUUAAUUAAGAUUAAUAACAUUAAUAAUGCUAUUGAUAAAUUUCCAAGUUAAGGUGGCAAAGAAAAUUAUUUUGAUUUUAGCUCUAUUUAGACUAUGUAGAUGGAAGAUAGAGAGGAUGAUGAGGACGAACCAACUAUUUAAUUCGAGAAGAAAACGAAAGAUGGUCUAAAGUAAAUAUCAAAGGAAGAGGAGGAAUGUUUAGAAAUGUUAAAUAAGCAAGAUUAAAGACCAUCUACUUUAAAAUAAAAAUUAGAAAAUGCUCUUGGAGUAGAAAAGAUGAACAAAGCAAAAAACAUUCUGAAACAAGCUGUAAUUUUAUUAUUUAUGAAUAGCUAGAGGAACUGGAUUUAGAAAAAAUGGAAGAAUAAUACGGACCGAAUUAUGAGAAAUUAUUACCAUUUUUAACUUUUGAAGAAAGAAAAAAAUAUGCACCACUCUUAUUUACUCAUAUUAUAGCUGAAUGA